AUGUACCUCCUUCUCGUCGGCUUCUCAAUGACUUUAUUUGCCACCUACGGUCUGUCGAUCUUUGAAUAUCUGAACGCUGGAAAGUACUACGCCUUGACGGGAGAAUCGGUGACAAUCCGGAGCAGAGCGUGGGAGGUUAUCCACGAGUUCGGAGUGUGUCUCCAGUCUACCGCAAUGCUCUUGUUCUCCAUCGGUUUGUUGCUAAAUGAGAAGUAAUUUUAUCAUAAUUGUGCCCAGAACGAUUCAUGGCCAAUCGAUACCCCCGUUUCUAUCACACCCGCACUUUUCUCUUCCUCAUUCACGUCUCCAUCGUGCUUUCCAUUCUUUUCUCGCUCGGCUUCAGUCUGAGCAUUCAUGUGUGUGAGUCUGAAAUUCGAGAAAGGCGACGGAAACUUUGUUGCAGAUGAGCAGCUGAUUCCGGCUACGUUUCUGAUGUCUCUUUCCGAUUAUCUCGGCCUUUUCGUAAGUGUUUUAGUGGUUUCCAGUUUUUAAUUCUUCUAUUUAUAUCCUACUUUCAGAUUCUGGUGUCUGCCUGGCGAAGUAGCAAGACAAAUUACCGGUUGUCAGCUGGAAUUGCUACCUUGAACCGACGAUACCAGGUGAGUGAAAUGUGAAACAUUUUAAGCGCUCGUAGAUGUCUGCAUCAUUUUUUUUUGAAUUCUUCUAAAAAUCUGCAAAGGUGGAAAACGUAGAUUUUUUUUAAAAUUCGACUGAACCAGAAUUGGAAGUUUCAGAUGUCGGAAGUGUACUCGUGGACGUCGACUCUUCUGCCCGCAGUGGUCGGCGCUUCCCUAUUCAAAGUGCUCUCCAUGAUUCCUAUUUGGACGUGGCUCCUUCUGAAUCUCACCGAUUGGGAAUACGGCAUUGCCAACUUCCUUUUCAACAACGUACAAUCAACCAAUAGCACUUUUCCGCUUAACAAAAGAUUUAUUCAGAUUCUGAACGCCUACGUCGCCAUUUUUCCAUGGAUGCUGAUCUUUCGAAACAGCAGUCUCAGAAAACAGAUUCUCUCAAAGAAAGGAAGAGUUGAGCCGGACAAGAAAUCAUUGCGAACGGUGAAGACGUUGGAGGGAAAGGAGAUUCCGUUGAGACCAUCGCAGAACGAGUACUUCGUUGCGCUCCAGGCUUCUUGGAACAAUUGA